AUGUAUUUUUUUCCAAUUCAUAAACAUUCAUUCCUUCUUUUCUCUUUUCUCUUUACUUCUUCUGCGCUCAUUCAUUCAUUAAAUUCUUUCCUUCAAUGCUUCUUGUAUCUUCGACUUCCAUAUUUCAUUAUCUUUAUUUUCUUCAUUUUUAUCACUCAGUGGAUUUUCUUCUUCUUUUUCGAUUUCUUUUUCUUUUACUUCUUUAAUUCUUCUACUUCUCCUUUUUUUUCUUUCUUCUUCUUCUUCUUCUUCUUCUUCUUCUUCUACUACUACUACUACUACUAUUUAUUUUCCUGCUUCUUUUCGAUUUUUCUUUUCUUCUUCUACGCAGAAGUAAUAUAUUACUUUUCUUUUUCUUUCUUUCUAUUUCUUCUUCUUUUUCUUCCACAUCUUUUAAAAUAUAUUGCUUCGCGCUUUCUCUUUGUUUAUCCUCAUUUCCUCUUCAUUUCUAUCAUUUCUUUUUAUUUCUUUUCUUUCCAUUUCUGUCCUUUGAUUGAUUCUUUCUUUCUUUCUUUCUUUCUUUCUUUCUUUCUUUCUUUCUUUCUUUCUUUCUUUUCUUCCAUAUUUUUUAGUAUAUUGUUUCUCUCUUUCUUUUCAUAUCCCCAUCAUUGUUUCCUUCUGUUUUUCUUUCUUUCUUAA